AUGGCAGCUUCCAAUACGAUACGGCCAUUGGCUGGCCGAGCUAUCCAGGCCUCUUCAUCAAGGAUCUCAUCUACGGUCCCUAGAGUCGCCUACUUCUCCACGACCGCACCACAAUGCAAGCGCAAAACCAAGGACAACAACCCCAAGCGAGGUGUUAGUAGUCUGUACGGCUCCGGACCUCGCGAGCCUCUUUCCAUGUCGAACAUUCCGCUACCGAAGCCCCGCGAAUUCAAGCCCAAGAUUGAGGUUGACCCUAAUCAUGGUCUGUGGGGAUUCUUCCCCGAGGCAGGCAAGCUGUUGGCAACUCCCAAGCAAACAGAGGAGCAUGGACGUGCGUGGAGUGUCGAGGAGCUGCGAAAAAAGUCAUGGGACGACCUGCAUGCACUUUGGUGGGUAUGCUGUAAGGAGAGAAACAUGCUCUCUACAUCAAGGGCAGAGCUACUCCGAACAAAGAUUGGAUUCGGUGAGCGGGAGAUUGACGCUCGAGAUGAGGAGGUCAUGAAGACACAGCGAGCUAUCAAGCAUGUCUUGACGGAGCGAUACUACACUUGGCAAGAUGCCGUCGAGGUCGCCACGAACGAUCCCGAGAUCAACUUCGAAGGUGGCGAGGGCAAUGUCUACACACCAUCGGCAUAUGAGGACGAUGUCAACGUUGCUGAGUGGACACAGCCAGAGGCAGAGUCCGAGGCGGCUAAGCAGAUCGAUCCCGUUGCAACAGAAGCCCAGGCGGCCAAGAUUGAGAAGGAGUUGAAGAAAUAA